AUGGCCAACAAGGAUGUGGUGAUGGGCAUCACCUUCUUAUCACAGACUGUAGUUGGAUUUCUAGGGAAUUCCUCUCUGCUUUACCAUUAUCUGCUCUUAUACUUCACCACAAACAGGAUAAAGUUCACAGAUUUUAUUCUUAAGCACCUGAUGGUAGCCAACAUCUUAACCCUCCUCUGUAAAGGAGUUCCCAGUACUAUGGCAGCUUUGGGGUUGAAAGAUUUCCUCGGUGAUGUCGGAUGCAAACUUCUUUUCUAUCUUCACAGAGUGGGCAGGGGAGUGUCCUUUGGCAGCACCUGCCUGUUGAGUAUCUUCCAGGCCAUCACCAUCAGCCCCAGGAACUCCAGGUUGGCGGAGCUUAAAGUAAAAGCUCCCAAGUACAUUGGUUUCUCCAUUUACCUGAGCUGGAUUCUGUACAUGCUUGUAAAUAUCAUCUUUCUUAUGCACAUAACUGGAAAACGGAGCAACAAAACCAUCACAAGUCAUAAAGAUUUGGGAUACUGUUCUUCCAUCCGUCAUGACAAAACUGCAGACACACUAUAUGCGGUGUUGCUGUCAUUUCCUGACAUGCUCUGCCUGGGACUCAUGAUCUGUGGCAGUGGCUUCAUGGUUUUGGUCUUGUACAGGCACAAGCAGCAGGUGCGACAAAUUCAUAGGAGCAAUGUAUCCUUAGGCUGCACCCCGGAGUCCAGAGCUACUAAAACCGUCCUUCUCUUGAUGAGUGCCUUUGGCUGUUUUUACGCACUUGCCUGCAUUUUUCAAGUAUGUAACACUCUGUUGAUCAAUCCCAACUGGUUCCAGGUGAACAUCACAUCAGUAAUCAGUAUGUGUUUUCCAACUGUCAGCCCCUUUCUGCUCAUGAGUCGUGACUUCGAUGUAUCUAGACUCUGCUUUUCUUGGAUGAGAAAUAGGAAAACCCCUAAUUUUUUGAGAAACAUGUAA